CGCGCUGCCGCCGGCGCCACCACCACGGCCGCCGCCAAUGAAACUGCUCCCGCUCCUAGUGGGUUUUUCCACUGUGCUGAAUUGUGCUUAUACUCAAAAUUGCACCAGGACUUGUCUUCCAAAUGCAAAAUGUGAAAUACGGAAUGGAGUUGAAGCCUGUUAUUGCAACAUCGGAUUUUCAGGAAAUGGCGUCACAAUUUGUGAAGAUGAUAAUGAGUGUGGAAAUUUAACCCAGUCCUGUGGUGAAAAUGCUAACUGCACUAACACAGAGGGAAGUUACUAUUGUAUGUGUGCACCUGGUUUUCGAUCCAGCAGUAACCAAGUCAGAUUUAUCACUAAUGAUGGAACCAAAUGCAUAGAUAUAGACGAAUGCAAUGAAUCAGUUGCCUGUGGUGAUCAUGCAGUAUGUGAAAAUGUGGAUGGUGGGUAUAACUGCUCUUGCAAGGAAGGUUAUCAGACAUCCACAGGAAAAGUACAGUUCACACCUAAUGAUGGCACUUACUGCCAAGAAAAUGUGAAUGCAGACUGCUAUUUAGAUAAUGCCUGUAUUGCUGCAAAUGUUGAUAAAAUUUUAACAAAAAUUAGAAACAUAGGCCAACUUGUGGCUUUACUACAAGAUGUCUCUAGGAAUUCUGUGAAACAUCUUUCACCAAUGGAUAUAACUACCUAUAUAGAAGUAUUAGCAGAAUCAUCACCAUUCCUUGCUUACAUGAAUAGCACUAACUCAGACAAGGGCGGCCUUUCUAAUUCAACUCUUGCUGAAUUGGUGAAAACUGUCAAUAAUUUUGUUCAAACGGAUACAUUUAUAGUCUGGGACAAGUUACCUGCGACUCAUAGAAUAACUUAUCUUACAAAGCUGAUGCAUGCUGUUGAACAAGCUACCUUACGGAUUUCUCAAAACUUCCAAAAGACCACUCAGUUUGAUACUAAUUCAAGUGAUGUAGGCAAUGUUGCAGUUGCAUUUUUAUAUUAUAAGAGUAUUGGUCCCUUGUUUUCAUCGUCUGACAACUUCUUAUUGGAACCUCAAAGUUAUGAUCAUUCUGAAGAGGAGAAAAGAGUCAUCUCAUCAAUAAUUUCCGUCUCAAUUAGCUCAAACCCACCCACAUUGUAUGAACUUGAAAAAAUAACAUUUACAUUAAGUCAUAUAAAGACUACAGAUCAGUAUAGGAGUCAAUGUGCAUUUUGGAACUACUCCCCUGACACCAUGAAUGGCAGCUGGUCCUUAGAGGGCUGUGAGCUAACGCACUCCAAUGAGACCCACACUUCUUGCAGCUGUAAUCAUCUGACACAUUUUGCCAUUUUGAUGUCUUCUGGUACUUCCAUUGGCAUCAAAGAUUAUAAUAUUCUUACAAGGAUCACUCAACUAGGAAUAAUUAUUUCUUUGAUUUGCCUGUCCAUAUGCAUUUUUACCUUCUGGUUCUUUAGUGAAAUUCAAAGCACCAGGACAACAAUUCACAAAAAUCUCUGUUGUAACCUAUUCCUUGCUGAACUUGUUUUUCUGGUUGGGAUCAAUACAAAUUCUAAUAAGCUCUUUUGUUCGAUCAUUGCUGGUCUACUGCAUUACUUCUUUUUAGCUGCCUUUGCAUGGAUGUGCAUUGAAGGCAUCCACCUCUAUCUCAUUGUUGUCGGAGUUAUCUACAACAAGGGAUUUCUGCACAAGAAUUUUUAUAUCUUUGGCUAUCUCAGCCCAGCUGUGGUGGUUGGAUUUUCAGCAUCAUUAGGGUAUAGAUAUUAUGGCACCACCAAAGUGUGUUGGCUUAGCACAGAAAACAACUUUAUUUGGAGUUUUAUAGGACCAGCAUGUCUAAUCAUCCUUGUUAAUCUCUUGGCUUUUGGAUUUAUCAUAUACAAAGUUUUUCGUCACACUGCAGGGUUGAAACCAGAAGUCAGUUGCUAUGAGAACAUAAGGUCUUGUGCCAGAGGAGCCCUUGCUCUCCUGUUCCUUCUUGGCACCACCUGGAUCUUUGGGGUCCUUCAUGUUGUACACGCAUCAGUGGUGACAGCUUACCUCUUCACCAUCAGCAAUGCCUUCCAAGGAAUGUUCAUUUUCUUAUUUCUGUGUGUUUUAUCUAGAAAGAUCCAGGAAGAAUAUUAUAGGUUGUUCAAAAAUGUCCCUUGUUGUUUUGGAUGUUUAAGGUAAACAGAGGGAACUAUGGAUAGUUAUUGCUACACAAAAAUAAAAAAGCCAAGCUGUGGAUGGCCAAUGCCUGAAAAUGACUCAAGCAAAUUAUCCAAUUAAUUACUAGAUAAUCAAAUAUUUAAAGUCAGUUUUUCUGUUUACAGUGUAGGAACUGAAUAUAGUAGGUAAAAUUAUGUACCAUGUAGCUACAGUAUGCUUCCCUACAUGACUUAGUUAUGUCAAAAAUAAUAUUACAGAUAUUUGGAAAGUAAUUGGUUUCUCGGGAGUGAUAUCACUGCGCCCAAGGAUAGAUUUUCUUUCUAACACAAGAAAUAUAUGAAUGUCCUGAAGGAAACCACUGGCUUGAUAUUUUAUGACUCAUGUUGACUUUAAAACUAGUCCCCUAUCACCUUGGUAAUGAGCUCUGUUACAGAAAGUGGAACAUAAGAGAAUAAAGGAGCAGAAUAUAAAAUAGUAGAAAGGGAAUGACUGUCAUAACAAUGGAAUGUAUUUUGAAUGAACUUGGGUGCUUUUUUUUGUAAACUAGAUGAGAAAUUAUAAAGAUAAAAUAAAGAAUUGAAUAAACACAUCUUACCAUUUCAUGAAUUGUUCUGAACAUAAGUUUCUACCAAAAUAACUUGCACCUAAAAAAUAAAAUAAAAAUAACUUGCACCUGUAUUUGUUAUAUUCACUUUCUUUUCCAAUAUUUCUAAAAUCUGCACAGCUUCACAAAAGAAAAACACACACGUUUCUGUUCUGUUUUUAUGUUAACAUUAGAAUGAGGCAUAUGCUAUUUCUAUACUUCUUUCACAGAUUGUAACUUCAAAUGCAUAAUCAGUAAUGCACAAAUGUGUCAAAAUAUAGUAUUGUUCAUGCCUGUUAAUGUUGUUCAUGCCUGUAAAUAAAGCUGAAGCUUUCUAUUC